GGCAAUGGGCAGCGGCGGUGCCGGGGGCAGUGCGGGUGGCGGUGCCCCGCAGCUCUUCCCGGACCCCGGUGCCGAUGUCCCGCCAGGCUCCCAGCCCGCAGCAGAGGCACCGCUGCCCACCGCCCCCCACGGGUCCCUCCCCGCGGCGCCCCGGCCCAGCGGCGCCCCAUGCCCCAUCCCAGUCCCUCUCCCCGCCGGGCCGGAGGGAGUGCGGGCCCACCCCGCCCGGGCCCGGUGCGCAGCGCGCAGGCGCGGGACCGCCUCCUACUCGCACACCGGCGGAAGCGGCACCGAGCGCGGCCGCCAGCGCCCCGUCCGCCGGGACCGCCCGAGCCCCGCGUGUCCCCGCUCCCGCAUUCCCGGCUCCCGCAUUCCCCCCGCCCCGCGCGGAUCGGAUGGCGGGGGUGGGUGCGGCCCUGCUCGCGGGGCUGCUGGCGAGGCUGGCGCUGGUGCUGUACGGGCUGCACCAGGACCGCACCAUGCGGGUGCGCUACACCGACGUCGACUACCGGGUGUUCACGGACGCGGCGCGGCUGGUGACCGAGGGGCGCUCGCCCUACCGGCGGGCCACCUACCGCUACACGCCGCUCCUGGCCUGGCUGCUGACGCCCAACGUGCUCCUCACCGAGGCCUUCGGGAAGCUGCUCUUCGUGGCCGGGGACCUGGCGGCUGCCGUCGUCGCUUACCGGGCCCUGCGGCGCCGGGGGACCCCCGCCGGCCGCGCCUGUGGGUGCUGCGCCGCCGCCUGGCUCCUGAACCCGCUGCCCAUGGCCGUGUCCAGCCGGGGCAACGCGGAGGCGCUGGUGGCGCUGCUGGUGCUCGCCACGCUCUACUGGGUGGAGGCGGGCAGCGUGGGCAAGGCCGCCGUGUGCUACGGGCUGGCCGUGCACAUGAAAAUCUAUCCCGUGAGCUACGCGCUGCCCAUAGCGCUCCGCCUGAGCGCCGCGCCGGGCCGCGGGGCGCUGCGGGACAGGGCGGCCAAGGGCACGGUCAUGGCCCGCCUCUGGCACCUCUUGGUAACGAUGCUGAGCCGCGACGUGCUGCUCUUUGGAACUGUUGCCGGAUCAGUGCUGGCUGCCUUGACUGUGGCAUUUUAUCACCUGUAUGGCUGGGAGUUUUUGGAGCACGCCUACCUCUAUCACCUGACUAGGAGGGAUAUCCGUCAUAACUUCUCUCCGUAUUUCUACAUGUUGUACUUGACAGCAGAGAGCAAGUGGAGUUUUGCCCUUGGGCUCGCAGCUUUCCUGCCCCAGCUGCUUUUGCUCCUGGUUGUUUCCAUAGCGUUCUACAGAGACCUUGCCUUCAGUUGUUUCCUACACACCGCUAUUUUUGUGACUUUUAACAAAGUAUGCACAUCCCAGUACUUUGUCUGGUAUCUCUGCCUUUUGCCCCUUGUAAUGCCUAGUAUUAAGAUGUCCUGGCAUAGGGCCGUGCUGCUUCUCUGUCUGUGGUUCAUGGGACAAGGCCUGUGGCUUACUCCUGCGUUCUUUCUGGAGUUCAAAGGAUAUAACACUUACUUAUUUAUAUGGAUGGCAGGCUUGCUUUUCCUUUUAAUUAACAGCCUCAUAAUUGUUCAGAUUAUUGCACAUUAUCAGAAAGAAACACAAGUUGCAAAAAAACUGAAGCAACGAUAAUAAACUGUCCAAAAUCCAUAAACAGCCCUACUCUCCUUGGUAAGGCAUCGCAUAUCACCAGCACUUCAACUAAAACAACUGCAGUUAAGUUGUACUAAAGCACAUUGUGUGUCAUUGUUACUGUUUCAGGCCGUGAGA